CUCACCUCAAAAACCCUCACAUUAUUAUUUUCCUGGAAGUUGUGACACCAGGCAUUAUUAAUACUGUGCGCAAAUUGUGUAGACUGUCCUGCAGGUUACUGCCAGAUGAAAGCUGUCUGCCCUCAAGACUUUGCUGGGGGGAAGAUCCAAAAUAUACUAACUGAAAGAAAAUGACUUGAUUGCAAUUAUCACCGUAUGCUGAUGAGAGCAAAUUCUGGGUAUGUUACGUGUAAUUCAUUGCAUUCUACCUAAACAUCAUAAUUGACCAUUGUUUCUCUGUUUUAAAAAGGUAUGAAAUAAGCUGCUUUGGUUUCUGGUGUCUUUAAUCGCUGAGGAAAUAGAUUACAAAAUCAGGGCGGAGAAUCUGGCUGGCCUCCAUUUAUAGGUAUAUAGAUGCAUGCAUAUGGAUCCACUUAUAAAUACAGCCUGUAGAACAUCCACAGUGAUGAACCCUAUUAAAACAUUCCCUACAGACCUCACAGGCCUCGUCGACAUGAAGCCAUCAGGCAGCCUUCUUCUUUUGGUUAGCAUGGUCUAUUUGUUCCUCUUUGCUGGGGCUGUGAGCCAAGGAGGCUCUCAGGCUUUCUGCAGCAGCUUUGAGAAAACAGUUACAGAUGAAAGACCUUGUUCCAAGAUCCAAAAACCAGUGUGUGGCACUGAUGGGCAAACUUACAAUAAUCGCUGUGAAUUCUGCAAAGCAGCUAAAGAAAAAAAUGGAAAGCUUGGUAUCAAGUAUGAAGGGAAUUGUUGAAUCCUCUGAUACUCCAAUAUUGGAAGUGCCUUCAGUUUGCCUUUUGCUUCAAAGAUUUAUUUCCUUAUACCCAAUCUCCACUGCAAUGUAAUUCUCUCCAAUAAUUAAUUAUAAAAAAUCAAUUUCAAUAAAAUUAU